ACUUACCAUCUUCCACGUGGCUUUCCAGGUCGGAACGGAUCGAUAAAGCGGCGCCGAAGAACCCUUCACGGCUUCCGAAGCUCGACUCCGCCAUGCGUUGCGCUCUUCCCCUUCCCGCCAAAAUCUAUCCUCAAAACCAUUCCCACCCUUACUGCCAGAGAAAUCCCACCGUCGCCGCCUCCGUCACCUCCCCCCCUCCCCGAAUUCCCACCAAACAUCCUUCCCUCGAGCCCCUCAAACACCGCCUCAUCCGCCUCGCCGAUGCCGGCCGCGUCGACGAUGCCAUCUCCACCCUCGACCUCAUGUCCGAUCGCGGCGUCCCCGCCGACCUCGUCUCCUACUCCGUCCUCCUCAGGUCCUGCAUCCGCUCCCGGGAUCUCGUCCGCGGCCGCAUCGUCCACCGCCGUCUCCAGGAUUCGGGCCUCCGGCUCGACUCUCUUGUCACUAAUUCCCUCAUCGCUCUCUACUCCAAAUGCGGUGAAUGGGAGGUCGCCUGUUCCAUCUUCGAAGAAAUGGGGAGCAGAAGAGACGUCGUGUCUUGGACCGCGCUGAUCUCAUGCGCGGCGCGGAAUGGGAUGGAAGAGAAAGCGAUUCUGCUGUUCUGCGAAAUGCUCCAUACGGGAAUCAUCCCGAACGAGUACAGCUUCUGCGGCGUGAUUCAGGCCUGCUCGAAGUCAGAGCAUGAUUGGGUUGGAAGAGUGGUUCUCGGGUUCGUGAUAAAGAUGGGAUUUUUCUGGUGGGAUCCGUCGGUUGGAUGCGCUUUGAUAGAUAUGUUCGCGAGGAGGCAAGACCUGUCGUCCGCCCGCAAGGUUUUCGAUGGAAUGCACGAGAGGAAUACUGUUGUGUGGACUCUCUUGAUAACGAGGUACGGGCAGCACGGUCGCGGAAGGGAUGCGAUCGGUCUGUUCCCGGAUAUGCUUCACGAUGGCUUCGAACCAGAUCGAUUUACCAUAAGCAGCGUCAUCUCCGCGUGCAGCGACUCGGAGUCGCUUGAAUUCGGGCGGCAGAUGCAUUCUCUGGCCAUCAGGUACGGACUGGCUUCCGACGCAUGUGUUGGCUGCAGCCUCAUCGACAUGUACGCGAAAUGCACGUCCGGGAGAUCAACGGAGGAUUCGAGGAAGGUCUUCGACCGGAUGUCCGAGCACAAUGUCAUGUCGUGGACGGCUGUCAUCUCAGGCUACGUGCAGAGCGGCGGGCACGACAAGGCAGCGAUCGAGCUCUUCUGCAAGAUGAUGGAGGGAAGGGUUCGGCCGAAUCAUUUCACCUAUUCCAGCAUCCUCAAGGCCUGUGCAAACCUCUCUGACCUGCAGCUGGGGAAGCAGAUACAUGCGCAGGUCACCAAAUCAAGCCUGGCGUAUGUCAACUUUGUAGGGAACUCUUUGGUCAGCAUGUACGCCCGUGCCGGUAGGAUGGAAGAAGCCCGGAGAGCUUUCAGCUUACUGUACGAGAAGAAUGUGGUCUCCUACAACGCAAUCGUCGAUGGAUAUGCCAAGAACUCAGACUGUGAAGAAGCCCUGGAGCUACUCUAUCAGAUAGAGAGCAUGGAUGUGGGAGCGAGUGCCUUCACGUUCGCGAGUCUCCUGAGCGCGGCGGCGAGCGUUGGGAUGAUGGGCAAAGGCCAGCAAUUGCACGCCCAGAUGCUGAAGGCAGGAUUCGGGUCAGAUGUGGGCGUGGGUAACUCGCUGGUAUCCAUGUACUCGAGGUGCGGCAGCAUCGACGACGCCUGCCGAGCUUUCGGCGAGAUGGGUGAUCGCAACGUGAUCUCGUGGACCGCCAUGAUCACCGGUUUCGCCAAACACGGUGAUGCAGCUCGAGCCCUGGGAUUGUUCCACGACAUGGUGGCCACGGGGACGAAGCCGAACGCGGUGACCUACGUCGCUGUUCUGUCUGCUUGUAGUCAUGCAGGUCUGAUCGAAGAAGGGUGGGAGCACUUCCGCGCCAUGCAAAGGGACCACGGCGUGGCUCCGACGAUGGAACACUAUGCCUGCAUGGUAGACCUGCUGGGGCGAUCGGGCCGAGUGGAAGAAGCUUUCGGCUUCGUGAAGUCAUUGCCGGCCGAAGCUGAUGCCUUGGUCUGGAAGACGUUGUUGGGUGCUUGCAGAGUUCAUGGAGACAUCGGACUGGGAGAAAUCGUUGCCAAGAACAUCUUGGAGUUGGCUCCGGAGGAUCCAGCAGCCUAUGUCUUGCUCUCGAACUUGUAUGCGGAGGCAGGCAGAUGGGAGGAUGUGGCCAUGAUAAGGCGUGGCAUGAAGGAGAGGAGGCUGAGCAAAGAGGCUGGAUUGAGCUGGGUGGACAUGGAGAACAGCAUCCACAAGUUUCAUGUAGGGGAUACCAGUCACCCACAGGCUCGGGAGAUCUACGCCAAGUUGGAUGAACUGUUUGCUGAGAUAAAGGAAAUGGGUUAUGUGCCGAACACCAACUUCGUUCUGCACGACGUAGAGGAAGAGAUGAAAGAACAAUACCUGCUUCAGCACAGCGAGAAGAUUGCAGUUGCCUUCGGCCUCAUCAACACUUCAGCGCCAAAGCCUAUUCGGGUAUUUAAGAAUCUUCGCGUCUGUGGAGAUUGUCACGACGCAAUCAAAUAUAUCUCAAAAGCUACUGGCAGAGAAGUUAUUUUGAGGGAUUCUAACCGGUUCCAUCAUAUUUGUAACGGGGAAUGUUCCUGUGGUGACUACUGGUGAGAUCAUGCGGUUCUUUGGUUGAUAUGUUGUCUCCGUGUAUAAAUUUUUUGUACUGGAGUGAUUUAUGUAAUUAUUUUAUUAAUAAAGUGCCAGCUUAAUUUUUUUUAA